AAUUAUACAAAAAUUAUUUAUAUUCUGUGAAUAAUCAUAGCCAGCUAUGAAAUUAAAAAAAAAUAAAAACAAUUACAAAUUGACGUUGCUGUUCAAUUCAAUAUUAUGUGAUAUUAUGGACAAGCCGCACAUAUUGCGUCCAAAACUUUCAGCUGCUAUAUCUUUGAGUUCUUAUGGUAGCUCCACUUCGGGUUCUUCUAGAAAAACAACGACUCAAAAAGCUCGGAGUGUUACAUACAGUUCCCACCUGAACGGUUCCCAACAGCUUUACGAUGAUGAUGAAGAUUAUUAUUUAAAAUUUAACACAAUCGCUGGAUGGCAAACAUUAUUACUUCUUCAAUUCCAACCACAAAUGUAUAUCUUGAUCCUUUUGUAUUUAUUCUUAUGGUAUGGUAUGGCGGUGUUUAUGGUCGCUUUUGCUCUUGGUUGUCCCAUUGAAGAAUUACCCCACGAUAAGGCGUCCCUUUUUAUUGGUGUUUUAUAUGCCGGUGAUGUGGGAUACUUCAUUGAUUGGAUAAGUAUGAUAAUAUUUAAAAAUGUCAAAUGGCCCGAUAUAAAUGUAGUGUAUAAACCAAGACAUGGUUUUAUAUUAUUUAUCGAAAUGGUUUCCUUAAUUCCGUACGAACCAAUUUAUGGCAUUCUUGUUGAACCGAAUAUGAGAGUUUAUCAUUGUUUGCGUUUACGUUACACUUUACGUUUAAUCAGAUUAUUAGUUUACUAUAAACAUUCGAAAGAAUACGUAGGGAAUUAUUCAGUUGUAAUUUAUUUGUUAACUUACUUUGGAAUUCUCGUUUUGGUGGUCAUUACGGCAAGUGGAAUUCAUUAUAUAACUUUUUGCGAAGAAAAAUGUGGCUAUGCUAAUAUGGAUGUUUUAAGCGACGCCAUUUAUAACGCAGUUGCGAUGGUACUUUUCAGUGGAGUAAUGGAAACUAAGUUAAAAAGUUCCGAUUCGAUUUUAAACACUGCUUAUGCUUCAAUAAUAUUCUUCUUUUUAUCUUUUAUUUUUACGAGCUUUUUUGCUUGUGAUAUCUUGCAAAUGUUGUUUCCACGUUUUGCUUUGAUUAGAACUUAUCAAAGGUAUCGCAAACGAAUCGAUUCUUGGAAAACGCGUAUUGAAUGGAGCGCUUAUUACAUAAAUUUUCAACGGUUAGUUGAUGAAUACUUUGAAGUUAGUAAAAGUAAAAUAAAUGGAAUCGUACCAGAACAACGCAAUAAAAUUCUCCCUCCAAUUAUCCAUAACGAUAUUAUGUUAGAUAUUUCUUGGGUUGCUUUAAAACAUACUCAUCUUUUUUCCGGAGCAGAAAUAUGUUUUUUAAGAGCCAUCUCAAAGAAAAUGAUUUUUAAAUUUUUGUGUCCUGGAGAAGUGGUUUAUAAAAAAAAUAGAAUUAAAUCAGCUUUCGUUUAUGUAAUUGCCGGAAAUAUCGACGUUUUAUCUGAAGAAGAUGGUGAAACUCCGAUAGCAACGUUUACAUCGGGGACCUGUUUGGGCGAAUCAACUUUAGCUUUAGGUUACUCCUCUGUUAGUACCGUUAUCAGUAAAGAUAUUGCUGAUGUUGCGAUAUUAAAACGAAAAGACUUCGUGCGAUUGGCUGCACAAUAUCCCGAUGAAGUGAGAAAAGUAACUUCUGGAAUUAAAAGGCGUUAUGAAAGGGCGAAAAUUUUUCGCCGAAUAUCCGAAUAUCAACACGAAAAUUCAAGUUAUUGUCAUGAAAGAAUUGGCGUUUUAGCGUUAAAAUGGAUGAAGUUAACUUUAAGGAAAUUAUUGUACGACGAUAAAACGGAAAGUGAAGAUUUAGCUUAUUACAGUAAAGAAAUGAUGUAUGAGAUGGAGGAGAGAGCUUUUUGUACUCGUUAUUUAGAUUUAUUGGUUCAAAGUGAAUUUAUGGGGGUUACAACAAACUCAACUUUUGUUACAACGAAAUUUCCGGUUAUCUUCCGACCAAAUUCGCUUUUAAUUAAAAUUUGGGAAUGCAACAUUAUGUUACACGCUUUAUUGUUGUUAAUUUUUUAUCCGAUUGCUCUUAUUUUCGUGGAAGAAAUCCCUUUUGUUUAUGAAAUAUUUCAAUUUUAUAUCACACUUAUUUGGGUUUUAGACGCUUAUAUUGUAUCAUCAACUGCUGUUCACGGAAAAUUUGUUCAAUGUAAUACGAUUAUUGAUAUUUUUCUUUAUAAAUUGUCUAAAUUAUCGUUUUUAAUUGAUUUAUUAUCAUCCGUACCGUUAGAAUGGGUUUUUAGUAUUUUAAACGGAAAAUUUUCACAUUCCGAUGCUAUAAUUUCUUAUUCUAAUCGAUUAUUGAAAGCGUAUAGGAUUGAGAUGUUUUUCAGGAACGUUCAAACAACCGCGAAAGGAAUCGUUUUGGUUAUGUAUUUUAAAUAUUUUUUGUAUUUUUGUUUACUUUGUUAUUAUACAGCUUCGAUUUUGUACGUUUUGGGUAGUUUGGAAUCGAAUUUCGACUUAUAUAGAGAGUAUAUUUCUAAUUUUUCUCAAUCAGGGACUUUCUCAAAUAUUGAGUCUGCUUAUUAUAGCUUCAUUUUAGCGAUAUCGUUCCUAAGAGAUAUUCUUUUAUUUAAAUUCCCCUUAAAUCCGACUUUUAUCACAUCGAUUCCAUUAAUUAUCAUUGUUGUUUGUUUUGAAACGUUUUUAUUUUUUGUUUUAGGUCACACAAUCGCAAUUGAAACGAUGAGAUGUAUCGAUGAGCACGCCUCAGAUGAAUUUAUGAGAAACGUUGAGAUUACAAUUGAAGUUUAUGAAUUAGAAAAGUCUUUAAGGGAACGUAUUAUGAAAUACAUUGAUUUACAUAGAACGGCUUUGGGGAAUUCGUUUUUGUUCGAAAGUGAUCUUUUUAAAAUGAUCCCGAAAGAUUUAUUUAUGAUUUCGAAAGGGAUUUAUCCCGGAUUUUAUAUGAAAAAUUUGCCUUUUUUUUAUCGAAUUGAUGAUCGAGCUUUUCAUUUAAUAGCAGCUUCCGGAUCCGUCGAUAUCGUAAUGCCGAAUGAAACUUUUAAACCAAACAAUGAAACUUGUUACGAAUUUUAUAUUUUAAUGAAUGGUUUUUGUGAGAUUCGUUAUCGAAGUGGGGUGAAGAAAAUUGUUGGACCCGGGGAGACUUUUUGCGUUUUAGAGGCAGCUUUCGAAAUGAAAUCUUUGGUUCGGAUAACAACGGUGACUACAUGUAGGAUUUUAUCGAUUGAUUAUUCGGUUUUGAAGGGGAUUUUGUUUAAGUUUCCUAAGGAUUAUAAUCAUUUAAUUGAGACGGUCAAAUAUUUUCCGUAUUGGGACGAUUUAGAUAGAUUGAACCAACAAGAGGCUACGUUUUUAUUGGAAAAAUCAACUUAUAGCUUUGUUAAAGAACCUGGAUUGAAAUAUUAUCGUUAUUAUUUUAGGAGGAGGACUAAAUUGUUUUAUGAGUAUCACUUAGGGUUUCCACAUUCCGCCCGAUUAUUACGAUAUUUUUUAAUGCAUGUUUGUUUCUUUUCGAGCGGAAAAUUCGUUUUUUAUUGGGAACUUUUCCAUUGUAUUUGUGUUGUGGCUUAUAUUUUCGUUUUAUAUAUUUCUAUAGUGGUCGAUGAAAGCCAAACGGUUUACGGUUGGUUUAUAGCCCGUGGCGUUUUAGAAUUUUUUGGUAUUUUCGACAUUUAUUUACGUCAUCAUUUUUCUUAUUACAACAAAGAUAAUUUACAUAUCACCCACCCUUACAAAACCGCUAUUUAUUACUGGAAACACGCCUUUUUAAUUGAUUUAAUAGCUUGGUUUCCAUUUGAAUGGAUUUUAUUUCAAACCGACAUUUACUCUAUGAUGUGGCGUUUAAAUCGCCUUUUACAACUAUACAGGGUGUUCGCUUUCGUUUCAUACAUCGUUAAAGGCAAAACUCAUUUUCGCGAUUUUUGGAAAUUAUUGUUAUAUUUGCCUUUAAUUAUUUUAAUCAUAAAUAUAGUUAGUUAUGCGGUUUUAAAAUCGUUUUGUGUUAGCACCAAUCAUAGUUACGUUUGCACAAAUGGAACUUGGUUAUCAAAGAUUGACACUAAAUCGCCGAUUUUAAUUUACAUGUAUAAUUUAAAUUUCGUGAUUGUUGUUUUAACCGGGAGUAAUAACGGUAUAAUAAGUAUUAACACGCCAAUUGAAAUGCACGUAUUUUUAGUGUUAACUUUACUCCAAUUCUUAUUGAACAUUAUUUUUUCGGCGAAAAUCGUCGCGUCGCAUUUGGCGAUAAACAAAGAUCUGUGCAGAUAUCAAGAGGCGAUGCAAAGUUUGAUUAAGUUCUUAAAUUAUUUAAAAAUCGAUAAAAAAUUGAAAUGGGAAACGAUAAAGCACUUUGAAUAUAUUUGGGAAACGACCAAAGGGAAAAGAAUUUUCCAAACAUUCUCCGUUUUUAAAUCGUACUUCAAAGUCGAUGUGCUCUACAAUAUUUAUGCGAAAAACUUGAAGAAAUCCUCAAUAUUUUUACAGCCGAAUGAAAAUUUUUUCCGGGGAUUACUCAUUGAAGCAAAACACGAACUUUAUUUAAAAACGGGAAUUAUUUAUCAAGUCAAUGAUAUCAGCGGGGAUGUUUUUAUUUUAAUAAAAGGAAAAGUUGAGAUUGUUGGUGCUGAUUUAAACCGCUUGGAAACGCUAUAUGUUGGUUCUGUGUUUGGUAACUUAGAUAAUGUUAAAAUGGGGCGAAGAACUUUAUCUGCUAUAACUUCCGGGCAUGUUGAAGUACUUAAAAUUGAUUCGUUAACUUUGUAUAAACAUUUAUCGAAAUUCCCGAUUAUGCUUAAACAUUUUCGAAAGUUAACUCGAUUUCACGUUGAUUUUAUUAAAGAAGAAUAUUUCGCGCAGGAAUUACUAAGUGAGUUUGAAAACGUUUAUCGAAUUCCAACAGAAAAUUUAAAAAAAUUAUACAAAAUCCAACAAAAGGGAACUUGCGAUACAAAAAUUUUUAAAAAUAACAUGCUGAUUAAAAUUUGGAAUAGAUACGUUAUACAUAUCGUCUAUUUAUUACAUUAUAUGCUUGAAUCGUUUAACAUGUCAAGCGUAAAUUAUUAUUCCUUAUACCCAUUUUUAUAUUUUUUUGAUAUUCUACACAUUUUCAAGAUUUACUUAGAAUUACAUACAAGUUAUGAAGAUGAAUAUGGAAGAAACAUUUUUAUCCGAAAAAUGAUUUUUAAACGAUAUAAAAAAAAGCGUUUGGGAUUAUAUUUUGAUUUAGCAACAAUUUUUCCUUUGGAAUUAAUAUCCCUAGCAUUUAUAUCCUCGUCUUAUUUUGAAUUAAUUUUACCUUUAUCUCGAAUAAAUCGUUUACCAAGAGUUUUACACACAUUCCUAUCUUGUAAAAAAUCAAUGCAUAAAUUAAACGUAAACGUGAUUUACGUUCGUUUUCGAUAUUUAUUUUUAUGGGUAUUUUUGGCUCUAUACAAUUUGGCUGUGGUUUUAAAAAUGUCCGAUCGAGCUCAUGAUUCCGAUGGGAUACAAGCAGUACUUUUAUUUCGAGAAUAUCUACACGUAAUAAUUAAUACAUGUCGAAAUGUGGCCAGUUCAGAUUUAAAGUAUGAACAGAAUAUAAAAAGAUUAUUCGUAUUAAAUGUGGUGUUAUUAGGAACGACUAUUAUAAGUUACGCUUUUAUGGCCGAAUGUUGUGCUAUCUUAUUGUUAUUAACUCACACAUCAUCAAAAUAUAAACAUUUCGUUUUAUACACGAAACAAUUUAUGGAAAUUGAAAACAUUUCAGCUCCGUUAAUAAGAAAAGUUGAAAAUUAUAUGAAUUUAUUAUGGGCCCAUCAUAAAGGUGUGCUUUUUCCACAAUUACUCGAAGAUUCACCUUGUUAUCUUAAAGAAGGUGUUUUAUAUUCGAUGUUUGGUAACCAUUUAAUGAAACAUCCCGUUUUGAGUUAUUGCCAUAAAGAUUUAACCAGACAAAUCUGUUCAUACAUGAAAACUUUGGUGUUCUUUCCCGGUGAUGUUGUGGCGUAUGUCGGAGAUAUUGAUAGUUGCAUGUAUUUUAUACAAGAAGGUGAAAUUCAUGGGUUAAUUGAAGAUACAAUGUACUCUGAAGUUAAAGAUAUUGUUUUACAAGAUGGUGAUAUGUUCGGAUUGAUACAAGGAUUGUAUCCAAGAAUUGGACACGAGUACACUUAUCGAUGUAUCAGUUACUCAUUUUUAAUUGUACUCAAUCGAGAAGACUGGAUUCAUUUACUCGAUUUCUUUCCAGCAUCAACACGAAUGAUAUUUGAAGCAUGUGAAGGUCAAUCGAAAAUGAUUAAAGAAAAAACUGCGGAAACUGAUGAAAAGUUACAAAAUCGAUUCGAUUUGAUGAAAGAAUGGAUUUUUUCGCAAGAUCAUCUUUCUAAAGAUAUCGAUCAAAUGUUUAUCAAAAAUAUGAUUCGCUCAUCGAAAUUCGACAUUUUGAAAGCCAGGAAGAAAGUGGAAACUUUCUUAUAUGCAAAAUACAGUUGGACGAAAUUUUUUGAUUACACAAGACUUUUAAAGGAUGAUGUCUUCAAAUUUCCAAUGCACAGAAGAAUUAACACUUCUAGACGUUUAACUAACGACGGUUACAGAAUUUGUUUUACAAGAUUUAACAGCGAUGACGCCCCAAAUGUUUGCGUAGAACAUUUCCUUUCUUAUGCGUAUCUUUUAGGAGAAUACUUAAUAUGUAAAGAUUUUUCAUCGGGAGUCAUUUUCAUCAUCGAUUUGAACGAUUUCUACACAGAAUUUUUAGCCAACACGAACAUGAAAACUUUCAAAAUGUGCGUGGAAGUUUUUGCUAGAGUUAUGCCAUUUAGAAUUAAAGCAAUUCAUUUUUGCGGCUUAACAGCAGCCUCUAAAAUUCUGGUGAACGUAAUUGUUACGAUGUUAGGGGAAAAAACGCGCAAAAAAAUUGUUUAUCACAAAAAUACCUCUACAUUAACUGAUUACAUCGAUGUUGAUGAUUUGCCGAAAGAGUUCGGUGGCGAAUCGUAUAGCUUAGAUGAAAUUGGGGAAGAUUUUCGAAAAUUUUUUAUGGCGAAUCAGCGACUUGUUCAAGAUAUGGUUGAUAACAAACUUUUGGGUCCUUUACCGAAAGACAGAAAGAAUCAAAUUGGAGAUUUUGAUACUGCUUCUUUAGACGUUCAAAAGUUGCUUGCGUCAAUAAAGUGUUAAAAUCAAGUGCAAUUAAUUACAUUUAAAAAAAGUCAAUUAUUUAACUUGAAAAUUGAUGGAUGCGAUAUAAAAGCUACAAGUUACAAGUUCAUAUCAUAAAAUACUAUUU